AUGGUGGACCACAACGUUGUGAACAAGCGGUUGCCGAGAAUGGCGGCCUCUCUGCUGAAGCGUUUACCCUCAGAGGGCGAGAUGGGGAUGCACCCCCGGAGCAGCAGCAGUGGCGGGUCCAUGGGGCGAGAUUUCGACUGUGAUGUCGGUGACCCUCUGGGCUUCGACAAGACCCUAUGUAUUGAUGGUGGUGGUGGUUCCAGGACCCCAGACCUGCUGGGGCCGUUGCUGACAGAAGACUGCAUGCCCCUCCAGAGGUCAUCUUCCCCCAGGCUCCCUCUGCAGAGCCACAGGCUGAUGCCAGCAGACCUGGAGGAUUCUAGCGAUGACUGUGACGGGUACUCUCUCCCAGGCACACCGCCCCAGUCCGAGGGGGACAUCAGCUUCCUCAAGCAAGGGGUCCUGGACCAGUUGGACAACCUGGAGAGCAGCCCCAAGAGAGGCAAGAGGGUUGGAGCUCUGUUUCCAGUGGGUUACACAGACUGGCAUAAACAUCGAAUGGCAGCGGUGUGCAGCGAGAAGUUUGAGCGCCUCCUGAGGGAGUGUCCAGAGUUCCAUAGCUGCAAAAGCCACCUGGCUGCCUUUGUCCUACAGAGAGAGGUGAUUGACACCGGGGGCCAGUCCUGUGAGCGCUAUGAGGUGGUGGCAUUGGGCACGGGCCAGUCGAGCUGCAGCGGCUGGCUUUGCUUCAGUGGCACCAUGGUGCAUGACUGUCAUGCCAUCGUCAUCGCCAGACGGGCUCUCCAAAGGUAUUUGUUCAAGCAGCUGCUGCUGUUCUUCAGCCAUGACCCCAAGCACAAGGAACGCUCCAUCUACCAGAGCACCUCCGACAGCCACCUGCUCCAGCUCAAGCCCCAGAUCUACCUGCACCUCUACACCAACCAGACCCCAAAAGGGGCCGCUCAGUGCAUCCUCAUGAAGUCUCUAAGCAGCAGCUACUCCUCUCUGAAGCUGCAGUGCCACGCCAAGGGCUCCCUGAUUCCUGUGGCCUUCCUCCACCCCAGUGUGUGGGGCGCCCGAGUCUGCUGCAUGUCCGACAGCGACAAGCUGUGCCGCUGGACUGUUACUGGGAUUCAGGGCGCACUGCUUAGCCACUUCGUCCAGCCACUGUACAUCACCAGUGUGGUGCUGGGUGACUCCAGCCAGUACUCUGAGAAGGUGUCGGAGACCAUCAACAAGCGCCUGGGCGAGGGGGGCUGGGAGGAGCUGCUGGCCCCGCCAUUCAGCAGGAAGAGGAUCUUCUUCCUCAGCAGUGAGGAGGUGGGGCCUCCACUCAGCACCGUCCACUGCACAGACCUCAGCAUCAACUGGUGCCUCGGGGAUGCCAGCAUCGAGGUCCUAGACAGCACCAACGGCUUCACCGUGGACGGCUCCCCUUUUGUGAGUGGCUCUGGCUUCUCCAGCAGGCUGUGCAAGAGGGCCCUCUACAGCAACUUCCGCAAAAUUGCAACACUGGGAGGAUACCACUGCCUACAGGAUCUCCCCACGUACCACAGUGCCAAAGUGGAGGCUCACUCCUACCAGAAUGCCAAGACAGUGGUCAACCAGCAGUUCCUGUCCAACAACGCAGGUCCAUGGAACUCUAAACACCUGGUGGACAGCUUCAGUCCCUGAGCCCCUCCAACUAGAGGGUGGCAUGGGGGGUCCGUUAUUAAGUGUUUCUUUUGAAGGAAGGAAGCGGUUGGAGUCUGUUACUUUCUGCAUAAAAGGUGCUCCCCUGAGUUUUCCUAUGUUCAAAUAAGCAGUAUUUCACGCUCUGUGUGCUAAAUUUGACAUGUAUGUCUCCCCAUUCUGUUCUGUGAAAUGUGUUCUGUUUUCAUCAAGUAUUUAAUAAUCAAGCAAAAUAAAGAGAACUCUGAAGCUG